AUGACGCCUCAGCGAAUCUUGAGAGAGAUCAACUUGCGCAUGAAACUUGAUCACACAAAUAUCAUUCGGUUGUUAGGUACCACUAGAGAAUUCCGAGGUGGCAGUUUCCCUUCGUUUGUGUUCCCUUGGAUGCCAAGUGGAGACCUACAUUGCUACAUCGCGUACCACGGAGCGGGAAUCGAGACGUCAAUCAAGUUGUCCCUGGUAGAUCAAGUUCGCGACAUUGCAUCUGGAGUCACUUAUCUCCACAAGUUGCAUGUGGUUCAUGGUAACCUAGAGAGUAAAAAUGUUCUCAUAGGCCCAGAAAAUCGGGCAUAUCUGACUGGUUUCUCCUUAUCAACCGACCUUGAUACCAGUCAAAUCUUAGGAACACCCGAGCCCGGUGGAGUGCGAUUUGCUGCUCCUGAAUGCUUCGUUGACGAGGAAAGGAACAAUUCCUUGCCUAUCAUCAACAGUGAUAUAUACUCAAUGGGCUGUGUCUUAUUCCACGUUUUCUCCGGAUGUUUGCCAUGGCAUGAUUCAAAAUCGAGUGACAUCAUCAACGAACUUCGACAGCGUCGUAUGCCGUCACGUCCAGGGGGUGGCGGUAUUGAUGACUUCCUGUGGAACUUCAUCACACGCUGCUGCUCCUUUACACCGCGCGACCGACCAUCCGCAACACAGAUCCUCGAAUUCUUCGAACAUCAGUACAAGCCUAGUAAGAUUAAUAUCUCUCCAGAUAACCUGACAAAGAUGCUCUGCAAUAUCCCUCCCAAUCCCACUGUCUCGGGAGGUUUUGCAGACAUACGAAGGUGCAUGCUGAAGAGGGACGGGAGAACCACGCAGGUAGCUGUCAAAUCGAUUCGACCCCAAGGCGAUGUCCCAGCUCAGAAACUGUGCGAGGGAUACUUGCGUGAACUCAAGAUCUGGGCAAGACUUAUGCAAGAAAACAUCGUACCUCUACUUGGAGUUGCGCGAAAUCUUUACUCGGUUUCUGGCUGCGAUGCAUUGGUUUGCCCCUGGAUGGAGAAUGGCACACUCGCAAAGUACCUCAGCGGGCAUCCGACUAUGGAACUGCGACAGAAGUUAAAAUUGCUCUGCGAUGUCGCCACUGGCCUUCGUUAUCUUCAUUCCCAACACGUUGUACAUGGAGAUUUGACAAAUAACAACAUUCUCGUGGAUGUUAAUGGACGCGCAGUGGUCGCUGAUUUUGGCCUGUCUUUCCAAAUAUCGGAACUCACUGGGAGUUACCCCGUCACUGGGGCUGCGCAGUGGAUGGCGCCAGAACUAGUGCAAGCGUUCAAACCGUCUAUACACAGCGAUAUGUAUUCCUUUGGCUCCAUCAUGAAUUACGUCAUCUCUGGUGAACUUCCCUUUGCACAUGAACCAGCAGUGUUUGCCGCCUUUCAUAAAGGAAAGGCACCCUACACAAUCCGAGGCAAUGAUGUAUCUCAGGAGCAUUGGAAAUUCAGCCAACGGUGCUGGGAACCAUUUAAUUCUGAUGACGGAACUUCUUCUCGCCCAUCUGCCGAAGAAGCUUGUGGAUUUCUGCGAAAGGAACUUGAAUUCAUGAUCGCAAUAGGUCCACAUCUUUCUGAAUCCUUGUGA